UGUGAAGAUGAUCUGCCCAUCAGCCAGAAAGGUACAACUGAAAUAGCACCUGAAUGUGGGCUAGAAGACAGACUAGAUGUUCGAUACCUUCAGUGGUUAAAUGGGAGGCUGAGGUUCCAGUGGAGGAGUUUGCAUGCUCAGCACCAAGAGCAAUGCAAACUUUUGCACAAGAUCCAUUCAUUCACUAGUGGCUCCCAUACGGACCAGAUCCUUGGACAUUUUUCUGUCACAGAAACGGAUCUCGUUAGGCAACCGGAGAACUACAAGCAGCUGUUACAGCUUCUGGAGUCUGAAACUAUGCAACUAGAAGCCUUUCUGGAGUGGAAGCAACUGGAACCAGUUUAUUGGCAGUGGAUGGAAACUGUGUUAGAUAAUAUGGCUGAAGAGGGAAAUAUGUGCAAGUCCCAGGACGCUUACGUGGAGAAAAGUGGGCUGCGAAAGGCAACCUUCUGCUGCCCCUGGGCUGACAGUCUGACUGGGCAAAUUGACAGAUUAUCUGCGGAUUUAAUGACUCUCCGUGACCAGCUGCAUGAGCUUGUAACUCACCAAAAGGCUGCAUGGUGUGAGAAGGUGAAAACAAGAGAGGAAGAACUACAGGAGUGGUUCUCUGCCACUGCUAGAAAGAUACAGGAAAGUGUUGAACGAAAACUGCUAGAUCUUGCAUACCUUUGUGCUCCAAAAAAAAAUAAAAUGCAUGGUUCGUGCAGACUGGUGUUCAGAAGCAAACAUCCUGCCAGCAAAACAAGCUUUGGUAGGCCUGUGUGCAAGGAGGCUGUUUCAGCUGUCAGUGCCACAGAGGUGAUCAGAGACCUACAGACGAGAGAGGCCAGCCUGGAGAGAGAGCUGAAGCAGCUGCAGGAAGAGUGCAGGCAGAGGCUGGAUGAAAUUGCAGAAGGGUUGGAUGGAGUAAUUUGUAUCUCCCCUUGA